GGAAAGCCCAUAAAAUUGUCAGAGACUCCAGUCACCCAAGUUAGACUGUUUUCUCUGCAACCGCACGGCAAGUGGUACCGGAGCGCCAAGUCUAGGACCAAAAGGCUCCUCAACAGCUUCUACCCCCAAGCCAUUAGACUGCUGAACAACUCAUAAAAUCGCCACCGGACAAUUUACUUCGGAGGGAAGAGAUCCAGUUUACGUUAGGGACCCUGUACUGUACUUCGAUCACAGGAGCGAUCCUCUUGGCAGUGGGAGUAUGGGGGAAGUUUAUGAUCGGCCCGUAUAUCUCUCUGAUAGCUGAGAACACCACCAACGCUCCGUAUGUCCUCAUCGGCACUGGGACUGUCAUCAUCGUCUUUGGCCUGUUCGGAUGCUUCGCCACCUGCAGGGGGAGCCCAUGGAUGCUCAAACUGUAUGUAAUGUUCUUGUCCCUGGUGUUCCUAGCUGAGUUGGUGGCUGGGAUCUCUGGCUUUGUUUUUCGUCAUGAGAUAAAAGGUACCUUCCUGAGAACGUAUACAGACGCCGUGUUGAAUUAUGAUGCUGAGGAUGAGAAGAGCCUGGCUGUGGACAACGUCCAAAGCAGCCUGCGUUGCUGUGGGGUGUACAACUACACCAGCUGGUUGGGCAGUGUGUUCUACCCUGCUAACGGCUUUCCCCUGAGCUGCUGCUCCAACUCCUCUGACUGCAGCCCUCAGGACCUCCGCAACACCACCAUAAACCACACCAAGGUCUACCAGCAGGGCUGUUAUGAACUGGUAACCUCCUUCCUUGAGACCAACAUGGCCAUCAUCGCGGGAGUAACAUUUGGAAUUGCCUUCUCACAGUUGAUUGGCAUGUUGCUGGCCUGCUGUCUGUCCAGGAUCAUUACUGCUAAUCAGUAUGAGAUGGUGUAGCAGGGAGAGCAGGGCGAUGAAGAGGAGAGGGCGAACAGCACCUUGGUAGACUGGGACAGAAGAUCCCUACAACACUAGCACACUGUAUCACUAAAUCUCUCUCUCUCUCUCUCUCUCUCUCUCUCUCUCGUAAAUAAGUACCAUUCCUUAACUUGCCUUUGUGCCAUGAAGGCUUUCUCACAGUACCUUCAACUCUACUGAGGAACUCAGGCUGUAGGUGGAAUUUUCUAGUAAGCACUUAUGUAAAAUCAGCUUACCCUCCCCAAUGCAACACUGACCUUGGUUAAGCAUCUAUGGGCAACUUAAUCCUGCUCCAUAUUACAAGUUUAGCCAUCUCUAACACUUUGGGUAGAAGUUGUCCUUAGGGACAGAUCUAGGAACAGGUCAGCUGAAGCCUUGAUGCUAAACUUAACUAUUAGGGUGAUGAAUGGACAUCUGACCCUGCAUCAGUGCUUAGCGCCAACAUCAUCCUGCUCCUUAGCACUCUUUGACCCCCCUGUCUCCCUGUCCUCUCACAGCACCCCCUUGUGGUCUGGCAUGCUCCAUACAGGGCCUAGCAUUUAAAAAGCAAUGCACAGAUUUGUAUGAAAUUAUUAACCCACAUUUAAAGAUAUACAGUAGCCAGCAUACACUGUAUUUUCAUAAUGUUUCUGAUCACCGCUGUAAAUACCCAAGCUACACACAUAUAGAGAAGAUAUGUUGAUAUAACAUUGA